AUGUCAGCAUAUGUAAAAGCUUUAAUAGGCGGAGGAUUGAUUUUCGGAUUAGGAUAUUGGUUAAUGAAAACCACGGCACCAGAUCCAAAUGAAUUGUAUAAGGUUAGUAGUGAGAAAUUAUCACCUGAUCUUCAAGAGCAAGUUAAAUCUCCUGAAACACGUAAAAAGAAUGAACAAUUAAUGGAAAUAUUAAAAAGAGCGGCAGAAACCAACAAAACAAUAUAUGAUGUUAACCAAAUUGUAGAUGAAAUGAAAGAAGAAAGAAAAGACAAGAGAUAG